AUGCUGUUCCGAUACUCCUCGCUACAACGAUUGCUCCGGAUCACUGCGUGGUGCCGUCGCUGGUUGCGGAUCCACCGUCAGCCCCACGAGCACGGCCAGCUCGGCUUGAUCAGCGCCGACGAGAUCGAGGAAGCCCGGAUCUCUUGGUUGAAGACAGUCCAGGCUGCCGCAUACAAAGAUGAAAUUAGGCAUCUACAAAGGGAGCAACCCCUGCCGUCGCGAAGCUCCCUGCUAAAGCUCAGUCCAUUUCUGGACAGCGAGGGGCUCCUACGCGUCGGCGGGCGCCUGAAACAUGCUCAGCUGCCAUUCGAUGCCACGCAUCCACCAAUACUACCAAGCAAAUCAAACUACACUUGCCUCAUCGUCGACGACCACCACAAGCGGACGCUGCACGGCGGUACCCAGCUGUCUUUGUGUUCUCUUCGCCAGGAGUAUUGGGUUCCUCGAGGUCGCUCGCUGGUGAAGAGCCGCAUCAGCCGCUGCGUAAGGUGCACAAGGUGGCGGGCCGCCACUCCUCAGCCGCUGAUGGGAAAUCUUCCCGCACCAAGGGUCACGCCAGGCCGGCCGUUCCUUCAUACCGGCGUAGACUACGCCGGACCGGUUUGGAUGCGAACAACAAGGGGCCGUGGACACAAGACGACCAAAGGGUUUAUCGUUGUGUUUGUUUGUUUAGCCUCCAGGGCAGUCCACCUCGACGCAGCCUCGGACUACACCGCCGACGCCUUCCUUGCCGCCUUGCGCCGGUUCAUCGCCAGGAGAGGAGUAUGCCACUCGCUGUAUAGCGACUGCGGCACCACCUUCGUGGGUGCCGACAAGCAGCUAAAGCAACUGUUCUCCACCGCCAGUGCCGACGGACGCCGCAUAGCAUCCUGCGCCGCCCAGGAAAAAAUCCGGUGGCGUUUUAACCCGCCGGCGGCACCUAACUUCGGCGGCUUGUGGGAAGCCGUCGUGAAGGCCAUGAAGCAUCAUCUUCGGCGAGUCAUAGGUGAAGCAACCCUCAUCUAUGAAGAGAUGGCGACCCUACUCGCCCAGAUUGAGGCCUGCCUCAAUUCCCGACCGCUGCAGCCAUUAUCUGACGAUCCGGAGGAUUUAGCAGCUCUGACACCCGGUCACUUCCUGGUCGGCUCCGCUCUCGCGACGAUCCCCGAGCCGUCGCUCGAACGAGAGCCGUCGGCACGUCUCUCACGGUGGCAGCUCCUGCAACAAAUGAAGGACCAUUUCUGGUCUCGGUGGGUCAACGAAUAUUUAAAAACGCUGGCCCAUCGACCAAAAUGGUCCCGAAUUAAUCAGGAGGCUCGCGUCGGUCGACUCUGCCUAGUACGGAACGAGAUCACUCCACCAACACGGUGGCCGCUUGCUCGCAUAACGCGACUGCACCCAGGUUCCGACGAUAACGUUCGCGUAGUCGACGUCCGCACCGCGGGCACCAAUUUAACGCGACCCGUGAAUAAACUAGUAUUUCUGACCGACGGCUCCCAAGCCUCACCGUAA